CGGGUUUUACCGCCUUUGUGCACACGGCACCGGACUGGUGCGGAGCGCACAAAACCAACGUGUUUCUGUUUACCUCCGCUGUGUGAGUGGGUCCGGAGUGGGACACCGACACGCGUGGCCGCUCGGCCCGCUGAACACGGUUUUUAAUACGGUUUUAUGGUUAAAUUUGAGACUGGGCGAGGCCUGAUUCCGGGCCGCAGCCAUCUGGUACAUCCCGCCUGUCAGCAUCCAGAGCGGGGAAGCCCAGUCCGGGCUGAUAGCAUGAGGGACAACCCGAAAUGCUGACCGUCCAGAUGGCUGCAGCCAUCUUGGCUGCGACGCUCUGCUUCGCUGCCAGCUGCGUUUGGGCGGCGGCGGACUGCUCGCCGUCCCCCACCGAGGCCUCCGGCGGCGCCCGGCUCCUGACCGCUGUGGUGGACGCUCAGCGGGCCGAGCGGGCCCGAAGGCAACACCUGGAGGCGCUGUUCCACAGGUACGGAGAGAACGGAUCCAUCUCUCUGGACGGCCUGAAGCGUCUGCUGCGGAGCGUCGGCCUGGACCGGAUCCGGAACGUCAUGGUGAAGCACCGGGAACGAGCCGGCCACCACCAUGACCACCAUCAUGAUCACAAACACCCGGCUGCCGGCCAGAACAGAACCCACAACCUGCAGCAAACCCAACCCACUGUGUCUGCAGCGCCGGGUCGGGACGGCAGAACCGCCGACGGCGCCGGACUGUUGGUGAAAACCCAAAAGAGAAGCUUGGCUGGAGAAGGAGCGACCACGGUCGCCACGGCAACGGCGGUCAAAACCGAUCCAGCAGGUCAUCUUGAUGAACUGGACCAGGAUCAUCUGCAGAACCGCAGCCUGGAGGAGGACGAGGUUCGACUGACACAGGAAGAGUGCCUGAACGCCUCGGGCCUCCUCCUCUCUCAUGGGAUGUCCCAGGAAGGAGGCGUCGCCCUGGGAGACUUCUCCUUCCUGUGCCCCGCCCUCCUCCACCAGAUCGACAGCGGGGCGUGUCUCCUCCACGGCGACGCCCCCCGACUCGAAGGCCCAGGACAUAAACACCACAAACAUUUACACGGUCACCAUGGAAACCACAGCGAGCCCAGCAGCGGCGAAAACGACAAACAGAUCGCAACAGCCUGGGUCGGCGGCUUCGUCUCCAUCACCAUCAUCAGCAUGCUGUCCCUGCUGGGCGUCCUCCUCGUCCCCCUCAUGAACAGAGUCUUCUUCAAGUUCCUGCUCAGCUUCCUGGUGGCGCUGGCCGUGGGAACGCUGAGCGGCGACGCCUUCCUGCACCUCAUUCCUCAUUCUCAUGGGAAUCACGACCACUACCAUCACCCGGACAACCACCACCAUCACCUGGACGACCCCGAGGCCCUUCACCAUCACAACGAGGAGAACAUGGACGGCGUGUGGAAAGGCCUGACGGCUCUGGGAGGAGUCUACUUCAUGUUCCUGAUCGAACACUUCCUGACUCUGGGAAAAAUGUACAAAGACAAGAAACAAAAGGUCCAGAGGAACUGGGACCAGUCGGACAAAUCGGACCCGGAGAAGCAGCCGGCUCUGGAGGAGAGCGAGCUGAAGCCAAACGAAGCUGUUUCCUCUCCAUCAGACGUGGAGCCGAACGGCGCCGGUGCGUUCGGCGAGCUCCCCGGCGGCGUGUCGGAGGAGGAGCAGGUGAUGCUGACGCCGCAGGUUUCCGUGGUAACGCAGCAGACGUACGGCCGGCCCGCGGGGGGCGACACCGGCGCCGGAUACUCGGCCGAGGACUGCGAGAACAAAUGCCACUCCCACUUCCACGACACGGUGGGGCAGGCGGACAGCAUGCACCACCAUCACCAUGACUACCACCACAUCCUGCACCACCACCACUCCCAGAACCACCACCCCCACAGCCACUCCCACUCCUACUCCGAGGAGCACUUCCAGCAGGCCGGCGUCGCCGCGCUGGCCUGGAUGGUCAUCAUGGGCGACGGCCUGCACAACUUCAGCGACGGCCUCGCCAUCGGAGCCGCCUUCAGCGAGAGUCUGUCCAGCGGGCUGAGCACAUCGGUGGCCGUUUUCUGCCACGAGUUGCCACAUGAGCUGGGUGACUUUGCGGUGCUGCUGAAGGCGGGCAUGACGGUUCGCCAGGCCAUCCUCUACAACGUUCUGUCGGCCAUGACGGCGUACCUCGGCAUGGUGACGGGCAUCCUGAUUGGUCACUACGCUGAACACAUUUCCACCUGGAUCUUUGCCCUGACGGCCGGACUCUUCUUGUACGUGUCGCUGGUGGACAUGGUGCCGGAGAUGCUGCACAACGACGCCGGCGACUACGGCUUCAGCCACUGGGGCUUCUUCCUGCUGCAGAACGCCGGCAUCCUGCUGGGCUUCUGCAUCAUGCUGCUCAUCGCGCUGUUUGAGCACAAAAUCCACCUGGACCUGGGAUACUGACCCGCUGACCCGCUCCGCUGCAUCCUGUUUCAGUUCACAGCAGGGAGCCUGGAGGGAGCCUGGAGGAAGCCUGGAGGAAUCCUGGAGGAAUCCUGGAGGAGUCCAGGCCUGGAGCUGCUCAGUCGGGUUCACAGGUGGAAACUGUCUGGAGUUUCUUCUGGGUUUCUUUGAAAACAUUAAUUUCCUCUCUGAAGUUCACCUGUUGGGUCAAUUAGUUUAGUUUUUUCUGUGAUUUUUCUGUUUUUCUCAGUGAAACCUGAUCAGUGUUACAAAGGUUCAACCUUCCCAACCACAGUUCCUCUGAAAUCUGUGACUGUCUGAAACCUGACAGGAAGCAGAAGAAGGAUGCGGUUCAUGAUGAGUCUCAUGUUACUUCUAGGUUUUUAAAAAUGAAUGUUUGUUACAUCAUUCAUCCUUCUGGAGGUUUUUGUUCCUGUUCAAUCUGUUUCUCGUCUCUGUCUGGAAUAAAAACUAAAUUUUCAAACAGAAAUGCUUUAGAAACUUCAGCUCUGAAAGUUAAACAGAAAAGAAACCCUGAAAUAAAAAGAUUUCUAGAGAAGCACCACCAGGCGGUGCAUUCAGGAGCUGAAGGAGUUUUUAGACUCGGCAUGUUUUUCCUCUAAUCGAUCUUUUAAAACUCCGUUUUAUUAAAAUAAUUCCUGAAACAUUUGGACAGAACCGGACAGAAAACGGAUCCAGUUACAGAGAAAGUCCUGAACCAAAGCUGUUAAAAUGCUUUUAUUUUGAAGGAUUUGGGUUUAAAUCCUCACAUUUCGGUUCUGGUUCCUGUUAGUUGAAUUUGUGGGUAAAAGUUUGAAGCCAGUUUGUUUCUGUUUUGUAUUUAAUUGUUUUGGUUGUUUAUAAAAUGAAUAUUAGUUAUCAAUCGAUCCGAUAAGAGUUCUUCCCAAACAGCCAAACUGUCUGCAGGUGGAUUUUCAUCCAAUCAGCAUCAAACUAUUUUAUUAAGCAGCAGCUAAAAUAAGCUCCAUGUUUGCUCUGCUCUCAUUGGAUGAAGAAAAACAUCUUUUUAUUUAUUUUAUUUGUUGUAUAACAAACUUCUGUUAUUUUCAUUGUUGUAGAAAUGUUCUUCAGCUGACUUCAGGUCAGAAAAGCUUUGUGUUUCCAUGGUUACAGAUUGAAGAUAGCAGCUGAUAGAAAGCAGGUUUUUCCUCCGUGUUUUAAUUUUCUUCUGUUCAGGAUGAAGAGCAGCAGAAGAAUCUGAUUCCUCUGAAGUUCAGGUCAAAGUUUCCUCUGUGGAUCCAACAUGUACAGUAAAUAUUAAACUGUAAAUAUUUACCUGUUAGGUUUCUGUAUCUGGGAUGUUUGUGUAAACAUUGCAUUAUGUUUCACCGACACAAACCCAACCUGCUGCAGAAAAAAUGAAAAGGUUUGGGAAACAAUAGAAAAAUAAAACCCAUUAAAGAUGAAAUCUCA